GUGCCGAGAAAAACAUGGCGGACAAGCGCUUUAACCUACACUAGAAACAAAUUUAAAAAAGCAAGGUAAAAACCGAGCAAAGUCACAUUGGAGGUCUGAGCUGAGCCCCUGUGUACCGUUAGCAGAGCUCCGGUUUGAUGAAAUGCUAACAUUCGCUGUCGGAUUAACAAGCCACUUAGCAUGCUAAGUUAGCAUAAAACAGUGGGCAUGUGUAGCGUAGCAUGCGCAUGAAUGCUGCAUUUCUGUCUGUAGUGUUUUAAUCCAAGUUAUAAUAAUGUGCUGUUAAGCCAGUAAUGAGUGAUGGUUAGCAUUCUUGACACGAUUUGUUUUUAUGUAAACAUACGGCGAAAGAGAGGAAAAGAGGGCGUUCUAGCGUUGGCUGCUUUGUGUUAUGAAUGGGAGCUCAACACAUUUCGACAACCUGUGAGGCAUUUUCAUGAACAUGUCGGACGAAUGAAACCGAAAACUGUUUUCUCUUGGCGUCCAGAGGAAGUUGUGUGUCUGCUGGACGCUCUAACGCGAGUCCGCCUGUCAGUUUUGCAGCAGCUUUGAAAACAAGGAGCGGGGUCACUUUAAUUUGGACGCCAUCCCCCUUUGGUGGAGGAAAACAAAAAAAGGCGCACUUCUGUUGAAGGGGAACUCAUCCAGAGAAGAAAAACGCUGACAAAACUGUUAUGAAGUUUUAAGUGUGGUUGAGUUAUAUGGUCCGAAUUGUUGGAGCAUGAGGAAACCUGUGCCACAAAAACCUUUAGAAUGGAAAGAUACCACAAUAAUCAAGCAUCCUCGGAGCGGUCGGCCCUCCCGGGUGCCCUCCCAGUAUCAAGGUCACUUCAGUUGGGAGAUGUAUCUAAAAGAGACCGGUUCUGUUGCUGCUCCUUCUUCUUGUUUCAAACAGAACCUCACACCUCCAGUCAAUGAGUUCAAGGUGGGUAUGAAGUUAGAAGCCCAGGACCCACGGAACACCACGUCCACCUGCAUCGCCACAGUUGUGGGUCUGACGGGCUCGAGGCUGCGCCUGCGUUUAGACGGGUCUGAUAAUAAGAAUGACUUCUGGCGCCUUGUGGAUUCUUCAGAGAUUCAGCCUAUUGGUAGCUGUGAAAAGAAUGGAGGCAUGCUGCAGCCACCACUGGGUUUUCGUCUCAACGCGUCCUCUUGGCCCAUGUUUCUUCUGAAAACACUAAAUGGUGCUGAAAUGGCGCCAUCCCGCAUUUUUCACAAGGAGCCUCCCGCUCCAGAGCAGAACUCUUUCCAGGUGGGAAUGAAGCUGGAGGCAGUGGAUCGGAAAAACCCACAUUUUAUCUGUCCUGCGACAGUUGGCGCGCUGCGUGGAGUCGAGGUGCUGGUUACCUUCGAUGGAUGGCGCGGGGCCUUUGAUUACUAUUGUCGCUAUGACUCGCGGGACAUCUUCCCAGUUGGCUGGUGUGCCCUCACUGGAGACAACCUUCAGCCGCCCGGCACCAAAGCUGUGUUGCCUAAGAGCCUUGGGGUACUGACAGACGGAAGUGUGGAGAGCCCAGCAAUGAAUCCCACUCCCAUUGUGGGUAGACCUCCAGGUCAGAGAGGACGUAAGUCAGGCCGCAGAAAAAUAAAAGUGACAGGGUCCUGGAGUCAAAAAGCCUCUGCACUGGUAGCUCAGAGCAUUCAAUCAGAAAAAGGGUUGGAGCCCAUCAAGAUCCCCAAGAAACGAGGACCUAAGCCUGGCAGUAAGAGAAAACCACGAGUGAUACCCAAUCCAGUCCCCACAUCUCCCACCAGCAGCACCCCAGAGCCCGACAUCAGCACUGUACCCCAAGACAACGCCACCAUCCCCAACUCUGCACUACAGGCUCCCACUGUUUGUGUGUACCUGAAUAAGUWCGGCAAAGUGGGACCCCACCUGGACCAGAGGCGAAUCCAGCACCUUCCAGAUCACUUUGGUCCGGGUCGAGCUUCCUCAGUUCUUCAGCAGUGUGUUCAGGCUUGUGUGGACUCUGCCUACAACCAGGGUACUGUUUUCUCCUGCCUCAAGCCUGGGCAAGGKGGAGAGGUCAUUUCAGCAUUUUUUGAAAAGCAGCAGCACACCCUGACGCUCCCUACAGUCAGCAGUGUCACCUACGUCCUCCGUUUCCUGGAAAAACUUUGCCACAACCUUCACUGUGACCCUCUGUUUGGCAGCCAGCCUGUAGCCAGAGGAAAUCUGCACUAUGACAGUCACUCAUACACUACAGAGAGAAGAAGUUUUGGAAACAGUCUGACCACAGGCUCAGUCCAAAGCACCAAGCGCUUCCAUCAGGACUUCAACGGUCCCCUGUCUCAGAAACUAGCAAAAAUCCCUCGACACUCUACUAAUGGUGAGUCUCUCAGUGAGAACAGUGUUGCAGCACCAGAGCACUUAAAGAAGAUUACCGUCUCUCCAAAUUUGCCAGGAUUGACACCUGGUCUCAGAUCUCCUUCCAAGCUGCUGCAUCAUAACAACUCUACGGGUUCAGGCAGUUUUCGAGAAGGCCCCAGACCCAGCGGUCAGGAUCCAAAUCUGUGGACUGUAGAGGAAGUCAUGAAAUAUAUUCGGGAUAUUGACCCCGUUCUGGCUCCACAUGCUGACCUUUUUAGAAAACAUGAGAUUGACGGUAAAGCCCUCUUGUUGCUGCGCAGUGAGGUGAUGAUGAAAUACAUGGGUUUGAAACUAGGCCCCGCCCUCAAACUCACCUUCCACAUCGACAAACUCAAGCGAGCAUGAAGACCCAGCUGCAACCUUUAAAAGGACUUUUCUUCCACCCCAACUCCCUUUUCUAGAGUCAGUAUAGCAUGCACUUCAUAUCAGACAUAUACUGACGGCUCACGUGUAGCAACUUCCUGCUAAUCCCUGUCUCUGAUCUCCGUUUUCUUUUUGUUCUUGCCUCAUAUAAUGAGGAAUGUUCAUUUUGUGUAGCACAAUCCAACUCCAAGGCAGCACGGGAUAUGUGAGAUUAUCCACUGACUGUUUUGCAUUUUAGUAUAACUUGAAGAUUCAUGUGGCCAUUUCAAAUGUUUAAGGUUUUACAGCCUGAUAACACUAAGUUACAUUUAUCCUGUACAUUUCAUAUUUUUUACUUCAUGAAUAUAUGGACUAGUAUUUUUCAAUAAAAUGUGUUUUGGGUUAUGUGAAAAGGGCAGAAACCCUAAAGAAAGGAAACACUCAUCCCAGUAUUUGGGACAUUUUCUAUGGUCUCACUUUGAGGUAUACCUUUUGCAAUUACAUGAUAAAAUCAUGGUGGGYAAAUAACAUGUUUUAUAAGUGUUAAAUGAUAAACCUUUAUUCUAAAAAUACUGCCACAAGGAAUCAGUUUUAUUAUCUUGUUCUGAAUGUUUACAAUACAUUGUCAUGUAUGUUAUUUGUACUUUUUUAGUUUUUAUACUAUAAUACUGUUUUUAUGUAAAAAUAAAAAAACUCAUACUCAACAUGUUCAAUAAAUGUAUAAUUCUGUAAUGUUAACUCUUUUCUGUUAAAUCUGUUGCACAAUUUUUUUGUUCAAUAUUUAAAUUAAAUUAUCUGUUAACGUUC